GCCGGUCGCCGCGUUUGAUCACUACUUGUUACCGUUGGUGCAAUGCCGUUUAAAACACACAAUUCAUCCGCUACUUUUCCCCCGAUUUGUCCCACCCUACCGGCGGCUUUAGAAUGCUCCGCCGCAUUCUCAUCACGGACUUCGCCGGGAAACCACAUCGGGGCCUCAAAGCUUCUCUCUUUUCCACGGCUCCGCCGCAGAUUACACCGCCGUUUAUCCACCAAUGUCAGACCGUUCUCCAGGCGAAGCUUGUCCACCAGCAACUCCUCGUCUCCGGAACCCUAACCCUGAAUCUCGCUUCUCACCUCAUCGGCACUUACAUCUCCCUCGGCUGCUCCUCCUCCUCCUGCUCCUUCCUCCGCCGUUAUCCUCCCUCAGACUCCUCCGUCUAUCACUGGAAUUCUCUCAUCCGCUUGACCCUUCACCAUGGCCGCCUCCGUGAAUCUCUCUCCCUCUUCCGACUCAUGCAUUCUCUGUCAUGGACGCCUGAUAACUAUACCUUCCCCUUUGUCCUCAAGGCCUGCGGUGAACUCCGUUCUCGUGGCGGCGGCGCGUCGGUUCACGCGUUGGCAUGGGUUACCGGGUUUGAGACCAAUUCUUUUGUGGGGAACGCGCUUGUAACUAUGUACGAGCGUUGUGGCUUUUUGGGUGAUGCGUGGAAGGUGUUCGAUGAAAUGCUUGUGAGAGGUGUGUGGGAUAUUGUCUCGUGGAAUUCUAUGAUGACUGGAUUUGUACAGAGAGGAGAACCGAAAAAAGCGCUUGGGGUGUUCACUCGAAUGACAAACGAGUUCGGAAUCAUACCCGAUGUUAUCAGCCUUGUCCAAGUGCUUCCUUCUUGUGCUUCUCUCGGUUCGUGUAAAGAGGGUAAACAGGCGCAUGGUUUUGCCAUCAGGAAUGGGUUAAUGGACAAUAUGUUUGUCAGUAAUGGCGUGAUGGAUAUGUAUGCAAAGUGUGGGAUGAUGGAUGAAGCAAACAAGGUGUUUUCCAACAUGACAGAAAAGGAUGUCGUGUCUUGGAAUUCCAUGGUUGCUGGGUACUCGCAGAUCGGGAGGUUUGAUGAUGCUAUCAGGUUGUUUGAUAAGAUGCGAGAGGAGAAGAUUGAAAUGGAUGUUGUUACUUGGACUUCUGUCAUUUCAGGGUUUGCUCAAAGGGACCUUGGACAUGAAGCAUUGGGUGUGUUUAGGGAGAUGUUGUCGCGCGGGUCAGAACCAAAUAAUGUCACUCUUGUCUCAGUUCUUUCAGGCUGUGCUUCUGUUGGAGCGCUGAAUCAUGGGAAAGAGAUUCAUUGUUAUGCCGUCAAGCAUGAUUCAUACUCUGAUAAGAAUGCUUCUGAUGAUGAUGAUAAUAUCGUUGUCAAUGGGUUGAUUGAUAUGUAUGGCAAGUGCAAAAGGGAUGAUGUUGCACGUGCUAUGUUUGAUUCGAUUGCUCCCAAGGAUAGGAAUGUCGUGACUUGGACCGCGAUGAUUGGUGGAUAUGCCCAGCACGGGGAAGCCAGUAAAGCUCUCGAGCUUUUCUCCGAGAUGUUUAAACAAGAUUGCCACAGAAAGCCGAAUAGUUUUACCUUAGCUUGUGCCCUCAUGGCUUGUGCCCGUUUGGCUACAUUAAGAACUGGCAAGCAAAUUCAUGCUUAUGUAUUGCGCCACCAUCAUGACGCUGUAACGCUGUUUGUAUUGAACUGCCUAAUAGAUAUGUAUGCGAAAUGUGGAGACGUAGAAGAUGCACAGAUGGUGUUUGAUGGCUUGCGGGAGAUGAAUGAAGUUUCUUGGACAUCCCUAAUGACAGGUUACGGUAUGCAUGGCCGUGGAGAAGCAGCCCUUAAGAUUUUUGACGAGAUGAGGCAAUUGGGUUUUACACCUGAUGGUAUUACAUUACUUGUUGUACUCUAUGCUUGCAGCCAUUCGGGAAUGGUGGAUCAGGGAAUGGAGUAUUUCAAUAGGAUGGAAAAGGAUUUCGGAGUUGUUCCCGGGUCAGAGCACUAUGCCUGUGCAGUAGACAUGUUGGGUCGUGCUGGUCGUUUGGAUGAAGCUUUUCAUCUCAUCGAAGAAAUGCCCAUGGACCCUACUUUUGUAGUAUGGGUGGCAUUGCUGAAUGGCUGUACAAUCCAUGGGAAAGUUCAGCUCGGGGAACAUGCUGAAAGGAAAUUAUCAGAGUUAGCCUCUAACAACGAUGGAUCAUACACUUUGCUUUCGAAUCUAUAUGCAAAUGCAAGGCGGUGGAAGGAUGUGGCAAGGAUCAGAUCAUUGAUGAAACAUACAGGAAUCAAGAAAAGACCUGGUUGUAGCUGGGUAGAAGGAAUCAAAGGGACCGCUACUUUCUUCGUGGGCGAUAGAACUCAUCCAAGAACGAAAGAAAUAUAUCAGAUUCUCGCAGAAUUUAUGCAACGGAUCAAGGAUUUGGGUUAUGUUCCUGAAACAAAGUUUGCCCUCCAUGAUGUGGACGAUGAAGAGAAAGGCGAUCUUCUUCUUGAACACAGUGAGAAGUUAGCUCUUGCCUAUGGUAUCUUAACAACGCCCGGAGGGGCACCUAUUCGGAUUACCAAGAAUUUACGAGUGUGUGGAGAUUGCCAUACGGCAUUCACGUACAUUUCCAAGCUUAUUGAUCAUGAGAUUGUAUUGAGGGAUUCGAGUCGGUUCCAUCAUUUCAAGAAUGGCUCUUGUUCCUGCAAAGGUUACUGGUGAGGAGAAAUGUGAAGAGAUUUCCUGCAGAUGUGCGAUUAUUCCCGUGACUAAACGUCCAAGCCACGCGUUUUCUUCUUCAAAUCUUCCAGCGUCAACGGCAUUGACUUC